AUGUCAGAAAAAGCUUCUCAACAAGACAUGGCAAAAUCUCGUAUUCCAUUGGAAUACCGUGAUUACUGUGCAAACCUUUUGAUCCCCCUUAACAAGUGUAGAGGCGAGACCUUUUACCUCCCCUGGAAGUGUGAGACUGAACGCCAUGCUUAUGAAAAGUGUCAAUAUGAUGACUUCAAGCGUCGUAUGAAGGAACAACAAGCAAAGGCAGAAGAAGAGGAUUAA